AUGUUAUACUUUAUUAACUCAGUCGUUUUCGAAGAAGAAGAUUUCCCUGAGCAUCCUACUACUGCAAUGAUGAUCUCACCAAAAUACAUUGAUAAUGAGAAAAAAGAACUUCUACUGUUAGGAAAACCUAUCGCUGAAGAAUGCCAUCCAAAAACUAUCUACCGAGAUAUUUUACUUGAUAACGAACCCCCAGAGCAACUAUGCUAUAAAGUGGAAGAACCAAAGAACUUGAAUAUCGUGUACUGCAAGUGCAACAAAUAUCCAAUUGUUCAUGCACGUCGUCCAUAUAAUCCUUAUCGUCCUAGAUUCAUGGAUAAGCAUAAUGAAGUGUUUGUAGUGCUACUAUCGGUUUUUCUGAUAUUCUUAGUGAUGUUCAUUUGCAUGCUUGUAUUGUCUCUUGUCGUCGAGACUACCAAUGAUGAUCAACGGUUCAUUAUUGUUUCUUCUGUUGGAUUUUCCGUCAGCUUGGUUGGGGUGAUUGUCACUUGCCUCGUUGGCUAUUGUGUCAGAUUCAAGUCUGAAUUUGAUUAA